CUGGGAACUGUCGCGUCAAUUCGUAAUCCCUUUACGCUGGAACUGUCGAGAGAUUUCAGGCAUUAAGGAAGUUUUAGAGUUUUCUAAAGGAUUCACUAUAACAGAAAAAUUCCUGUCAAGCAUGGAACAGCUUUGCUAUAUCUUGAAUCGAUAAGCGCCGGUCGCUGAAUAAUUAUACAAACAGGUUGUCCAUUACCAAGGAUAAAUCUUUCGAUAUGACUACCGUUUUACCGGCAUGGAAAGUAGAACUGAUAGAGAAGAAGAAGAGAAAGGAGCAAGACCAGCGACAGAAGCUCGAACAAGAGAAAUCUCGCAAAACAUCUAUCCCAGAGUGGAAGCGAUCGCUGCUAGAAAAAAAAAAGGAGAGUACCAUCGAUUCGCCGGAAACUAAGGAACAAGCCUUACAUGUCAAUACUUUGUUUGGUCCACGGAUUGUACGUAAGGCAUCACAGACUAAUACACUGGUCUUAAAUUCAAGCUGCAAGCCAGUUGUCAAGAAUGGAGAAGAAGACAAGAAGAAAAUUAUUUUAACCGAUAUUUACGCGAGCCAGGGUGGUCCUGCAUUGUGUUCAAGCCCCGCAGACACAAAUAGUUGUGUUACCAAAGGUGUUGAGAUUCCGACAGAACUGGAACACAAACCAAACAAACUGGGCACUCGAAUAGAGAUCGAAAGUAACCAGCAAAGUUCCCAACAAUCGAAAGCUAUUGCGAACGGAGAAGAUUUAAAAGCGAGUUCGAAUGAUGUUAAUUCUUCAGUUUUAAACCCUGGCAACGACAUUGAGCACGUCAAGACACCAUCUGUUCCCAACUAUCGACGAAUGUUUGAACAUUCGAAACCAGAAAUAAACGGGGGAACGAACGUGCCGCUAUUCCUCAAAAACACUGAAAGUAGAGCCCGUGUACUAAGCGACAAGAGGACUGUAGAAAGUGCAUUAGGUGCUGCUAAUGGCGAAUCACAUCAACUUUCCUUGCAAUUGCAAAUUUUGACCACAAGUGCCGUAGACAAUGCACAAUCAAUCUCCGACACAGAGAAUUCAUCGAGUUUGCCCGUAGACUCGAUUGGACGAAAACCAACUUCUGCAAUACCGUUUGUCGCCCCUAAACCAUACAAAAAUUUCGUCGCUACUUCUCCUUGGUUGAAACAUGGUGCAUCGACAAAUUCUGCUUUCCUGGCCGGUAAGGAAGACUUACUGGUAGCUAAUGUCAACUCAGAUCACAAGAAAGAUGUGGUUCUAGAUUCUAAAGGAGAGCAUGCUUUUGACGUACACAGUGCUUCAAAGAAUUUUGACAACUCAGAUCACAAGAAAGAUGUGGUUCUAGAUUCUAAAGGAGAGCAUGCUUUUGACAGUGUUGAUAAGCAGGCACAGAGAACCAAGUUUAAUGAUCACAGUGAUCUGGUCAUACCUUGUAUGGACUCGCAGAGAGAAAAAGCUGUACAAACAUGUGCUGAGAAAACAAUUGUACCACAGAAGCAAAGUUUACAGAAAUACUUACUUGUCAAGGAUGCAGACUCGAAAGGGGAAGUGGAAUCCUUUAAGUCUGACAAAAAUCUAGAGAAUCAAAAGUACAUUCUGAUUGAAGGAAAAAGUCAACAAGAAUCAAUUCCUUCCAAUAAUAUAGAUAUAAAAUUUGUUAAUGCCACUAUAAACAAUGUUUCUCAACUUCCACAUGAAUCUGAAACUCUCAAAGCAGAUGACAUUUUCAAUGCAAGCUCUAUUGAGUCAUUGCGAAGUAAGUUUGGUGCAGUGGGUGGUUUUCGAAAACGGACCCCAUCUGAAGAAAAUCUUUUUCUGAGAGGCAAUCAGUCUGCACCAUUGAAUGAACAGGAAUGUGUUAUACGUAGGUCUGCAGAAUUAAAGAGACCUGCGCCUCCCAUAAAGAGAUGGUCAGCAGAUGUCUUAAGUUUGAUGUCAAAACCAGUUGAUGAUGAUGAUGAUGGUGUGUCAAGUUUGUCUCCUUGUAGUGACACUAAAUCAACCCUUUCAUCGGCUAACAGUCUGCCAAAGAGACCCCCUGGUCCUACAAAGAGGUGGACAGCAGAUGUCAUGAGUGUGGUGUCACCAUGGACUGAUGAUGGAGCCACAAAUUUUUCUCCCAGAAGUGACACUGGCAAGAAGUCUUCACCAAGCAGCAGUCUUGAAAGAGGCAAAUCAUCAUCACUUAUUGAUGUUAGAGAAGACGCAAGUAAUGACUGCUUUCAGCAUAAAUCAAAUGUUGCUCAUGGGAUUGAACACCGUGUUAACAAGCUGAUAAGAAGAGCAUCUGUGUCAGACCUGUUGCUUGUUGAUGAUGAAGAAUCAGACUCAACAAGUGAAGAUGACCCUAUAAGUGAGGCAUAUUUACAUGGCACAUUUGAGAAUGAAAUCACUUCCACUGAUCACGUAUCUACACCAAAAGAAAAUGAUGUGUUUUUGCCAGCAGUUACACAUUCACAAGACCAAGACAUGAAACCAGUAUUUGCCCGAAAGCGCAGUGUUUCAAGUGACAUUGAACACAGGGUGACAGAACUUCUUCAUCAGCAAUUAUCUCAACAGUCAGAUGUAGAUGAUUCAGAAGGGGACAAGACCCUAGGAUGUGUUUCAAAAGUUUCUGUUGUCCAAAUGGAGGACAGUGUCAAAGAACCAAUUCCAGUAAUGCUGAAAAUGGAGACUUUGCCUGUAGUUGAGACCAAGCCAGUUACUCCCAUAGACCCUGAGCCUACUGAAGCUUUUGAGCAGGUCAAGCCAGCCAAAGGUUCUGUUCACAAACUGUCAGCAUUAUUUGGUUCCAGUGUUUGGAGACCAAAUAAGAAAGACAAGAGUGCAAAUGAAGAAAAAUCCAAGAACAAAGUUAACAAUCAGGACAGGUCCCAUGCUCCAGUGAAAUCAAGCAAGAAAAGCUCAUCAGAGAACAAAGUUGAUAGCAAGAAAUCCAAUCUCUUUAACAGAUCUAACAAGACAGAGGUGAAGUCAGGGCAGAAGGAGAAACAGCAGUCCAUUUUCCCUUGGAUGAAAAAGAAUAGCAAGGAAAAAGAGAGCACAGCAAGCCUUAAAACGAAAGAGGUUAUGGACAAAUAUCAGAAGAAUAGUAGUAGUCCUCCAAAUGAUAAUUGUGAAACAGUAUCCCUUUCUUCUCAUGGUUUGCGACCAGUAGGCAAGACUGGAAAGAUGGAGCAGCGGUUGGUGGGCAAUGUUGUGAUAAUAAGCAAUGCAAGCCAUGACAACACACCUCCAAUGGGUGUUUACCAGAAACCAAAGCCAAGUGUUCAGAUUUCUGCACCAGAGCAAAAGGAGAUGUCUGCCAGGAAAGUGAACCAUUCAAAAACAGAGGAAAAAAGAGUUGAAACUUGUGCUCCAGCUGUUGAGACCCAGGACUGGAAUGGAAAUUCACAGAGUUCAGAAGUGGAAAGGAGCAUGAGUGAGUCAGUUCCAAUAACAUCAAUUGAUGAGGUGCCAGUAUCUGCCAUUGACAUUCCAGAGUUGCCCCAGGAUAGUGAUGUUACUGUAUCUGUGAUUGAUGUCCCCCCUUCUCCUGAUGUCCAUAGUGCCCAAAAUGUUUCUUUUAUGAAUGGUUUCCAAGGAAAGGUGGAACACACUGGCAAUGAUGUUAGUGUUUCAGUGAUUGAUGUGCCUUCACCUAUUAUUAAUGAACAGACAAAUACCUUCCAGGGUGGGUACUUGGAAACAGAUGAGCUUUCUGAUGGUAGUGAUACAGAUGAUGUGGAAGGAAGCUAUGAUUUUGCCACAGGUGAAGUGACACACUUAGUUAAUGGUGACAUUUCUGAGGAUGAAGAGGAAGAAGAAGAGGAGGAAGACGAGACUGAAGAAGAUGUACCUAUAUCUUAUAUUGGAGCUGCUCCACAGUAUUCAGUACCCCAAGUGGUCUUUGAUUCAGAGCCUGUUCAGUUAAAGUCCUGUUUAAGUCCAAAGACAGAGAGAAGGAGGGUGAACAAAGUGAGAGUUUCUUUCAAGAGCACACACACCAUACAUGACUAUCCUUCAGAAGAAACUGCUGUAGCUGUUUAUGACGAUUACCAAAGAAAUGGCUUUGGGGAGUUAAAAACCUUGCAAAAUUAUCAACCUCCUGCCCUGGUCAAUAUGGAAAAGCAAAUAGGGCAAAUGAGAGGUCAUUUUCAAGACCAAGUGACAACUCCACAACAGGCUGAUAAAAGUGAUAUCACAGCUAGUGAGGGUCAUUCAGAGAUAAAAUAUGCUGAUGAAGGACAAGGCUUCACAGAUUCUACUGAUUAUGCAAGUGCUUUGUUGUUUUAACCCAUACAUUCUCAGUAUUUUCUCAGGAUGUGAGUGAAUGUCAGGCUAAUUUCUUUAAUUGAAGGAAAGUUUAGAUAACACUUCAAGUAGUUUAUGGCAAUGUUAAAGGUGCACACCCUUAGCACAGUCAGACAUAAUUGUGCUCAGCCAUGAAGUCCUCUGUUGAAUUAUUUUUAAAGAAAGCUUUGUGGGCUUUAGAGUUAAUUUUGAUAAGUCAAAUCAAAUAGAGAGCUUGAUCAACUAAAAAUCUUUUUAAAAGUUAAGGGUUGUAAAGAUAAAGUUUACUACAAGUACUUGUAGCAAAUCAUUCCAGUUAGGAUAAGAUUAUUUUCUGUACAACAUGCAUGAAUUAGAUUAGUGAAUGAGUCCUGUGGGGAUUGCAAUUUCAAAGACAAGUCAGAAGAAUUUCUGGGGGUGAUUAUUAGACAAAUUAUUGCAAUGACCAAACAUAAUUAUUACUGCAAAGCAAACUGCAAAAAUAAUUCAAUGGCAUUGUAAGUUGUUAUGUGUAAUACCAAUAGCUGUACAUACUUUCAGCAAGUUAAUCCCACGUGCUUGUGCCAUCCGGUGUGAAAAUUAUUAGGAGUUUUGUUUUGCAGUCCAGAUGAUUGAAAUUUGUUACUGGCAACAUUGUUAUGGAAAGAAAUUUAAAAGGUUCAACACUGAAGGGCAAGGUUGUAGAUGAUUCAUACAUGAAUAUUUUUUAAGUUUGUUGGAAUAGAAAGAAUAACACUUGACUCACAGGAGAAUUUUUUCUGAAUUUAGUGACAUUUUUGCAGAUUUUGUUUUUGGGGAUUUGGGAGAAAUCUUGAAGGGCAGAAAAAAAUUGACCUUCAAAAAUUUAUGUACAGCAGAAUGAUACCCAAUUUGCAUUAAUACAUAGUUUUAGCAAAGAGUGACAAUAAUUUAUUGGAAAGUACAAUGUUAUUACUG